AUGGCUAAAAGAGAAAAUAAUUUUAUCUUUGGAGAUACAUUAGGAGAAGGAUCAUUUGGUGCUGUUAUUCUUACUACAGAUAAAGAUGAUAAUAAACAAUAUGCAACUAAAAUUCUUGACAAACAACAAAUUAUAAAAUUAAAGAAACAUGCAACAGUAAAAAGAGAAAGAGAUAUUAUGUCAAUGUGUCAUUCACCAUAUAUAGUUAAAUUAUUUUAUACAUUUCAAAAUCCAACAUCAUUAUUUUAUGUUUUAGAAUUAUGUCCUAAUAGAGAUAUGAAAUAUUAUUUUAUUAAAUAUGGUUCUUUUAGUGAAAAAGUUACUCAAUUUUAUAUCUCUGAAAUUACAAUGGCAUUAAAAUAUCUCCAUUCAUUAAAUAUAUUCAUAGAGAUCUUAAACCUGAAAUAA